AUGAAUCUUUCAAUGACAACUAAUAAAAAGUCAAUCGUCAUGAUACAAGAGAGAAAGGAAAUACAAAUAGCACUUCCUAUAGAUGAAUUAGCAGGUAUAAAGCAUGAUAAUGUGUACAUUUCACCGAGUCAUAUAAAAUUCAAUGAAGCUUUUGAAGGAAUUACGUAUCGACAGCGUAUGACUAUCAAGAACAUCGGCUAUAAAUCUGCCUUCGUCAAAAUUCGGCAGCCAAAUUCUAUAGCUUUCCAAGUAGAAACUUUGAAAAGUAGCAUAUGGCUGAGUCCUGGAUUAAAUAUAACGACAUGUGUGACUUACACUUUUAAAAGAACAUCCAUGUUGCACGCAAUAAUUCCAAUUGAGAUCAAUGGAAAAGUUUUCGAUUAUCACGUGAUGUCUACAUUAGCCAGCGAAUAUAUUAGUAUCGAGCCGAAGUCAAUAGAUUUUGGUACAAUUGACAUUGGUUAUGCGUCAGGUUUUAAAAUUUUAACAAUCCGUAACGAAGGAAAUAAAAGUACCAGGUAUAUGCAUUAUUCAAAUUGAAAAUUUUUCGAAUAUCGCGAUAUUCGAUAUAUCGCGUUAAACUGAGCUGAUUUUAAGCAACAAAUUUUGAAUUUUGUAAAUUCUAAAAUAACAAUUUUCCAGAUUUUCUGUUGAUCUCGGACAUCAUUUAAAUAUAACCGUAAAGCCUUCUCGUGGAAGAAUUAAACCGCGAAAGGAAAUAAAACUUCAAAUCGAAUUAAUGGGCGUAAAUGAAGGCAUCUUUUAUAGCGAGAUUUGGUAAGAUAUUCUUGCUGUUUUGUUAUCGUAUUUUUCGCAAGAUAAAUUCGAUAACAAAUUUUCUCAGGAUUAAAUCUGUUCCGAACAUACGUGUUCCAAUCAAAGUACAUGUCAUCGUUCCGAGAUUGGUGGUUUAUCAUCCGAAUACGAUCGGAGAUCUUACCUUUGUUGAUUUUCCACCUACAAUAGAAAAUACUAGUAGAUACGACACUUUCGUCUUGCGUAAUCUUUCGUCUCGAAUCUCCAAUUAUGUCGUUCUCGGAGAGCUCGAUAAUGAAGUAAAAUGCAUUCGGGUAUGAAACUGUUUCUACAAACAAGAUAAAAAUCUUAAAUCGAUAGCGGAUUGUUGGAAGAUAC